AUAAUUGAGCGCGCGAGCAGACGGACUCCACGCGCUAUGUAUUCUACUGCGCGCGAGCUCUGUAAGGGCCUUGAUCCGCUUAAAGUCGGCUCUUCCACUACGGACUGAGACGGGAACGAGGGGGAAGCUCUUGUAGUUUUGACUUGAACUGUUUGGAAGGACUUCGUUUUACAGUGAGGACAGGUUUGGAGUGAUUUUGGUUUGGGAUUUGAGCGCGCUGUGUCUGUGGGAGAAGACUGCUGUUAGGUGCGGAGUGAAGUUGGCAUGAUGUUGACGUUGGUGCUAGGCGCAGUGUGGUUAGUGUGCCAUGCAUACGCACAGAACGAGACAGAACCCAUCGUACUGGAGGGGAAAUGCUUGGUCGUGUGCGACUCAAAUCCCACCUCGGAUCCCACUGGGACGGCUCUUGGGAUAUCGGUGCGCUCGGGAAGCGCCAAAGUGGCUUUUUCCGUGGUGAGGAACACGAACCACGAGCCGUCGGAGAUGAGCAAUCGAACAAUGGUGAUCUACUUUGAUCAGGUACUUGUGAACGUCGGUAGAAGUUUUGAUGAGGAAAGGAGCAAUUUCUUCGCCCCGCGCAAAGGGAUAUAUAGUUUUAAUUUCUACGUAGUGAAAGUGUAUAAUCGUCAAACGAUCCAGGUGAGCCUGAUGCACAAUGGCUGGCCAGUGAUCUCCGCCUUCGCCGGGGAUCAGGACGUCACACGCGAAGCGGCCAGUAAUGGUGUUCUGAUUCAAAUGGAGAAAGGUGACCGCGCAUACCUCAAGCUGGAGCGAGGCAACCUGAUGGGUGGCUGGAAGUACUCCACCUUCUCCGGCUUCCUGGUCUUCCCUCUGUAGAGGAGGGGCAUGCCACGGAGGGACUAUUGCUCUUUAGCUUGCCAGCUUGUGGGAGAUAGAAGGGGAUAUGAGGGCAGACGAGAGAUAGAAUGAUAGCGAGAAUGUAAAGAAAAUAUAUAGGAAGAGAAAAUUUUGUGUGGCAGGCUCUCAGUUGCACUCACUUUGCUCUGCUGCUUGACUACAGCUCUGGACAGCCAAAACUUUUUAUUAUCCUUAUGAUAAUUGAAAUAAUAUGGAAAGAAAGCACACCGAGGAU